GGCUACGGUGCGACGUUUUACCCUGGUGGGGAGCGCUACGAGGGCGAGUGGAGCGGUGGGCUGCGGAGCGGCUGGGGACGGAUGUACUACCAGGACGGAUCCAUCUACGAAGGGCAGUGGUUGGCAGGCCGGCCUAGCGGGCAGGGGAUGCUGCGGCUGCCAAAUGAAAAUCAGUACGAAGGAGGUUGGAAAGAUGGAAAGAAGCAUGGCCCAGGGAAAUUUUUCUACUUGGAUAAGGGACAAUUGUUUGAAGGUAUCUGGGCAGCGGAUAUACCAAAACGUGGAGUUUUGAUUGACUUUGGCAGAGACGAAGCUCCUGCCCCUACUCAGUAUCCAAUCCCAAAGAUUGAACUAGUUGAUCCAGAUGGUGUUUUAGCAGAGGCCCAAGCAAUGUUUGAUGACAGCCAAAAUUAA